AUGGGUCGCGUUUUAUUCACCCAAAAACAAGACGAUUUUUUAUUUGCAUUAUCGUUCCAUCCAUCUGAACCUUUUUUUGUAAAGGGCUUUUCAGAUGGAACAGUAACUGCUUGCUCCUAUGAUUACAAGGGCGAAAUUAACAAUAUUUGGACCACCAAGAGACACAAGGGCAGUUGUCGAGCACUCACAUAUGAUCACGAAGGAAAAUUUGUUUUUUCGGUCGGCCUUGAUCGCGUUCUUAAAAAAGCAAACGCGACCGAUGGUAUAGUCAAGAUUAAAAAUUCUUCAACUAUAGACUCUGAUCCUGCUUGUAUUUCCGUCAAUGAUACCUAUGUUGCAAUCGGAACAGAUGAAGGUGGUGUUUACAUCUUUAACCAAUCUGAUCUGUCACUCGUCAAACACUUUGCAGAUGUCCAUAAUGACAAUGUGGCUGGUCUUUUCCCACUGCCUGUCAAAAAUGAAUAUACCUUUAUCUCAUGUGGAUCCACCACCGUUUCUAAUAUUGAUCUGCGCAAAGAUAAACCAGUCUCUGAAAGUGAAGACCAAGAAGAUGAUAUCCUAUGUGGCUGCCUGAGCAAUGAAACAACCCCAGUGUUUGGCAUGUCCACAGGCGUUGUAACCGUUUGGAACCAGGUCUUAGAAGACCAGCAACACCGUAUUAGAUUAUCCAAAGAUAGUGUAGACUGUUUACUUCCAGGUGAACUUGAUGACAUUGUGGUUGCCGGGUGUGGUGAUGGUGUGGCCUACAAGGUUAACACACGUAGCUCACUGGUGCUUAAAAAAUAUAACCACGGAGGGGACGGAGUAAGCAUAUUGGAAAUGGACUACCAGUACCAUUUAGUUACUGCCGACAUGGAUUCAAUUAAAGUGUGGAUGACCGAUGAGGAAGAAAAAAAGGCGGAUAAAGAAGAAGGUAAAACCACUGUUACUAAUACCAAACGACCAAUUGAAAAUAACGAUAGCGAUUGGGAAAGCAUGGAAGAAGAAGAAGAAGAAGAAGAAGAAAAGAAAAAGGCAGAAAAACAAACCAGAAAGAAACGGAAAAGAGGCAAGGCUUCGGCAAAAAGUAAAGUUCACAAUAGUAGACCUGCUAUUUCUUCAUUUGACGGAUUAUAA